AUGGGCACAAAAGGACCCCGAAUUGGUAUCCGCCACCUUCAGACAGUGUUCCUGUUCCUGUGCUUGACUUUCAUCCACAUUGUGCGGCUGAAUGUAGGCGUGGCCAUUGUGGCGUUAACCGAUGCUGAGUCAACAAAUCCAAAUUUUCCGGAAUUCAGCUGGACUGAGAAGCAGAAGGCCUACAUAUUGUCUAGUUUCUAUUGGGGUUACAUACUGACCCUGUGCCCGGGCAGCUUUCUAUGUCGCCGUUUUGGUGCCAAGAUCACCUUGUUUGUGGCCACCUUUGGCACGGCUUUGUUCAGCCUGAUAACGCCCUGCUGCAUCACUUGGGGUGGCUGGUGGGCCUUUUGUGUCAUUCGAAUACUUCAAGGACUAUUUCAAGGUGUGAUAUUUCCCUGUGUGCAGGAGCACGUGGCAUUGUGGUCGCCGCCAGAGGAACGCAAUCGACUGGGCGCCUUCAGCUACACUGGGGCUGAUUGUGGCACAGUAUUGGCCAUGUUUCUCAGCGGACUUAUAGCCAAAAGUCCGCUCGGCUGGCCUGGAAUAUCGUACGUUUCGGGUACACUGUGCAUUGUCUGGUGCAUCCUUUGGACCAUUUUUGGUGCCAAUAACGCGCCCGAGUCCCGUUUUGUCACCGAGGCGGAGUGCAAGUAUAUCGAGUCGUCGUUGCACCACAACGAGGACUUCCAUCAACGGACUAUACCCAUACCCUGGCGCGCUAUUUGUGGAUCUGUGCCUUUUCUGGCUCUGCUCGUAGCUCGCUGUGCCGAGACGUGGGGUUUGUCCACACUACAAGCGGAGAUUCCGUCAUAUCUAAACGGUGUCCUGAACAUGGACAUACAGAGCAAUGCAGUGUUCUCCUCGCUGCCAUUUCUUACCAUGUGGCUAAUGUCAUAUGUAUAUCUGAUUGCGGCGGACGUGCUGCUAAAGAGGAAGUGGCUUUCGCUGACAGCCGUCAGGAAAUUAUUCAACUCCAUAUCCUUCUGGAUACCAGCAGCCGCGCUCAUCGGCAUUGGAUUUUUGGGAGAGGAGCACAAGGAUCUCGCCAUUGCACUGAUGACAGUGAGUGUUGGUGUCAACAGCGGCGCCACCAUUGGCAGCUCUCUAAACACUAUCGACCUGUCGCCAAAUCACGCUGGCAUUAUUAUGGGUGUGGCCAAUACCAUAUCAACUUCAAUAUCAAUAGCAACUCCACUUCUUGUGGGUGUGAUAGUCACAGACAAGAACGAACGUGGACAAUGGCAAAUUGUGUUUGGCAUUGCAGCGAUAAUUUUUUUUGUGGGCAACCUGGUGUUUAUCAUCUGGGGAACUGCGAAGGUGCAGCCAUGGGAUUCAGAGGACUUUCUAAAGCCAAAAGACGCAGAAACAUGUGUCACGAAACGUCCCCCAAUUCCUGAGCAGUAUAUGACGUGGACAGAAAGCUACACGACAAAGGCGAUCGAAUGAUUUGUAGCAAACAAUUAUUCAAUUAAUCAGUAUUAACACUAAGCAGGCUAUAAUUUAUUAUACAUAUUUAUUAUGUCGGCACCUCUGAGUUCAAGUAAAUUAUUUUAAUAGAUUGCGA